AUGUCCACUACAGCUACCCUCACUGAGACCGCCAAGGCCAACUCCAAUCUGCAUGGAUUCGGCCGCAUGCGCGUCGAUGGCACUGAUCAGCACUUUGGGGAUUUUCGCGAUGAUCUCACUCGUGACGGAUUUGCGAUUGUCAAAGGUGCAAUUCCAAAGGAAAGAGCUCUGAAGUAUGCCGAUGAGAUGUACUCUUGGUUGGAGGGAUUUGAGUUGGGGUUCGACCGGAAUGAUCUUUCCACGGUGCACAAAGACAACCUUCCGACAAUCAAUGAAAAGGGCAUGUGUCUGCAUUAUGGCCUUCCCCACGAGAACUUUGUCUGGGGUGUGCGAAGCGAGCCCGGUGUUGUCAGUGCCUUUGAGAAGAUUUAUGAUGAUGAGGAUCUUAUUGUCUCCUUCGAUGCAAUCAAUUUCCAGUUUCCCAAGUAUUUCACCCACUCCGAUCGCACCGACCUUGCCCCCAACAAACCCUGGCCCCACCAAGACCAAGACCCAGAGAAGCACGGGUUCCGUUGCAUGCAAGGCCUGGUCAACUUCCUGCCGAAUGGCCCCAACGAUGGUGGCUUGAUCGUCUGUCGCGGUGGCCACCUUCUCUCCGAACAGUUUCACAAAGAAAUGGCCCACGAAGAGCGAAUCCCAGCCUGGACACCGGAGUGGUAUGGGUUCACGGACGCCGGUAUGAAAUGGCUCGAGGAUCAUGGGUGCAAGUGGGAAAAAGUGUGCGCUGAGCCUGGCGACCUGCUUCUGUGGGAUUCGCGUACCCCACACUAUAAUCUCAGCCCCAAGCAGGAGCAACCGCGCUUCGCUGUUUACACUUGCUACAUGCCUGUAGCGGAUGCCACACAAGAAGACUUGCAACGCAAGAAGGCCGCUUUUGAUCAGCGGGUUGGAACUACGCAUUGGCCCAAUGCUAAGCAUACCGGGUCAAAUGUUGCACAGCGAGAUGGGCAGGAAGACCCGCAUAACCGAUCUCGGCCACUGGUGGAGCCUUCUUUGGGAGAGAGAGCUUUCAAGCUCACUGGAAUUCCUUACAUUAAGCCGUGA